AUGGAUAAACAUACUAAUGAGAAAACAUUUGAACUAGAAUCUAACACAGAAUACAUUUGCACCUGCACAUGUUCCGAGUCAUUUUUAGAAAACGCCACAUUAUCAGCUCACAAGAAAAGAAUUUUGAGUACAGUGGCUAUAACUGAAAAUUACUUGCGUGAUCGUCGUAUUCCGGAAUUGAUUAGAUUUCUUUUGUCUAAAGUCCUUGCUCAAGAACCUGAUAAACCGGUAUUAUAUUUAGAAAAAUUACUCGAUGAUUGUAUGUUAUUUCGAGCAGGCGUUGGACCAGCUCCCGUUUUGUUUGAAGAUAGGCAUCUUGAAGCAGUAGUGAGAAGUUUUGACCCCGGACACCGUGGAUGGUUAACUGCUGGCCAAAUACGUAGACUGUAUGCAACCUUGGGUCUGUUGAUAAAAGAAGAAUUGCCAGAUAGCACGCCUUGUGAAACAGUAAUUAACAAUGUUAAAGAAGCUCAAGAAAAUGAACUGUUUGAUUUGUUAUUAGUAGGACUAAAUAGAAACAGCAGCGACGAUGUAAGUCGGUAUUAA